AUGUUUUUUCGUUUAAUUCAUUCAUUUGAUAAGACAAUAAAAUUUAGUAGUCUAAUUUCUCAAUCAUCAAUAAAAUUUCAAUCAUUAUCAACAAGACAUCCAUUAAAAUGUUCUUAUAGUAAACAAAUAUCAUUAUCACAUGAUAUAUCAUCAAAAUCAUCAUUACCAAUGAAAUUACCUGUAUUAAAACGUGUACCAAGAAAAAAACCAACAUGGAGAGAAACAAAUCUAUUAAAUCAUCGUGAAGAACAAUAUUAUAAUGUUAUUGCUUAUGCUACUGCUGAUUGGUAUGAUUUAGAUCGUUUAAAACAACGUUUUAUUUCAUUAUCAAAACGAUUUCAAUUAAUAUCAAUAUCUAAUAUAAUAGAUAUUUUAUGUAUACAAAUAGAAUGUGAAACAAAAGAAAAAAGUCAAGCAUUUAUAUUUGAUGAUGGUGCUGUAAUUUUUUGGAAUGUUAAAAAUGAUGAUGAAAAAUUUAUUUUAAAUGAAGUAAAUUUUUUUUGUUGUUUUAGUGAUAAUCAAUAUCCACAAGAUUUAAUUAAUAAUGAAAAAGAAAUUAUGAAUUUUAUUCAAGUUUCAACAGUAAGUACACUUAAUAAUGAUAUUAUUAAAUUAAAUCGUCAAUCUGAAAAUGAACAAUUACUUGAUAAAUAUACAUUUUCAAAUGCACUUGCACUUUCAGUUAAAUUAGGAAUUUGGGAAGGUUUACUUGAUAAUGAAGCUAAAUUUGUUCAUGAUUUAGCAAAUCGUUUAAAACAAGAAAAACAUAUUAAAAUAGCACAUGGUUUAAUGCAACGUAAAAGUGGUGAACUUUAUUCACUUAAACAUGCUGUUAAUCUAAGUCAUGACUUUCUUGAUACACCUGAUUUCUAUUGGUCAAAUAGUCGAUUAGAAAAUCUUUAUAAAAAAGUUUUUAAUUAUUUUACAAUUGCUAAACGAACAAAAGUUUUAAAUGAACGUUUAAAUUUUUCACUUGAACUUAUAUCAGUUAUUCAAGCAAGUUUAAAUGAAAAAAAACAUGUACGUCUUGAAUGGAUUAUAAUCAUAUUAAUAUUUGUUGAAGUUUUUUUCAAUAUAAUUGAUCAUAUAGAUUUUUCUACAUGGAAAUUUUCUUCAAAACAUUCAAAAUUUUCCGAUGAUUGA